AUGAAGUUCUCCACCCUCGCUUUGUCUGGUAUGGCUGCUGUUGCCUCCGCUGAAACCUACUCGUUGGCUGCCCAGUCUGCUGACGGAAGUAUUUCCAGCCCAUUGACUGGCUUCCACGAAGGUGCUGGUUUCAGUUAUUUUGCUGUAGCUGGUCCUGGUACUGAACUCACCUGGAGAGAUGGAACUUUGGGUGAGGAUGUUGGUAAUGGAGCCAUCUUUUCUGUUAAUUACUUUGAGAACUACCUUAGUUUUGGUAUCCUCUCUGAACCAGCUCAACUUACUUUUGACAAGGACAACACGUUGGUUUCCAACGAGACUUUCUGGGCUUGCAACAACCUCAAUGACCCAUACAACUACUCUAAGAACACCAAAUUAAUUGUCUUCGGUGAGGACAAGGUCAACGACUCCUGUGUUGAAGUUAAGAUCAAGUUGGUUGAAUUCAGCUCUAGCUCUUCUGCUGAGGCUUCUUCUACUACUGAGGCUUCUUCUUCCGCUGAGGCUACUUCAACUUUGGUUACCCUGACCACUAGCACUGCUGUUCCUGCUGUUACUUCUGCUGAAGGUGGUGCAGUUAAGAACUCCGCUGGUAUUGCUGCUCUUGCUGGUCUCGCAGCUAUGAUGUUGUAA